CAACACACGCAUUGUAUAUCACCCCAUAAUGGUUCAGUAAAUAAUAUUAUUAGGUAUAAUUCCGCUAUGGAGGAGUAACACUACUAAUGGUAGGUAGCCACUCGCUACCACGCUAAUCUAAAGGCUUCAUUACCCACCAGAUAACCUGAGUUGGAUUUUCCAUCUCAUCAUGGUGAAUGUUUUUGCAAAUCACGCUGAUUAAGUAGAUAAAUAUUACUGCAAAAAUUAUUCAUAUUGAGAGGUGAGUGCUACCCGGAAACAAUUCAAUGCGACACAGCGGAUUAAUGGUUUCAAGUCGUGUUCGGAUCGCCUCUCAUUGUUUACAUAUUAAAGUGAUAUGCAGCUCCUAUUUCUGAGACUGUCAUCUGCAGAGGGAUUAACCAUAAUCUUGUAAUGAUGAUAAUUAUCUUCAAAACAAGGUGAGAAGCUCAACCGUGAGACGGUAUUUAUUUUACGCUAUUUAUCUCGAACUAGCCAUGGAUGCUAACUAUUUCAGCUCCUUUAUCAGUAUGUCGCGCGUUUAUGCAGAGAUGACGAGUUAGUCCACACUGUUAAUCAGCUUUUGCUGCUGCUGCUCGAACCCCAUUAUGGAGGUGUAGCACCAGGUGAGCCUUCUUGGCAAAUAUAAGAUCCUAUAACGAGAACUUCUGCACUGGAGCUAGGGUGCACAAUGUUUGGUGCACCGCAAAGCUCGAAGUCCGAAUUCCUGGAUAAAGCGAGGCAGGCCAGAGAGGAGAGGAAAGGACAGAAGGAGAAGGAGAGAGCAGCAAUCCUCAUCCAAGCUCUGGUCAGACGAUUUCUAUGUCGCUGCAGACUCCAGAAACAAAUAAGGAAAGACAUUGAUGACUAUUUUGAGUCUUCUGCUGCAACAUCAAAAAGAAAUGCACUUUCAAUUUUUAAAAUUGCUCGUAAAUUACUAUUCAUUUUCCACUCGGAGGAUAAGAUGAGGUUUGAAAAGCUCUGUCGGGCUAUUCUUACCAGCAUGGAAGUUGAAAACGAGCCUAAAGUCUGGUAUGUGUCUUUGGCGCUCUCCAAAGAUCUCACAAUCCCUUGGCUGAAACAGAUUAAAGAUGUGCUGUGGACCUGCUGUCAACUACUGAAAAAUUUAAAGCCUGAUAUACUGCAGGACAACAAAUUGGUCACACUUUACCUCACCAUGCUGGUCACAUUCACAGACACAUCAACGUGGCGAAUUGUGAGAGGGAAGGGAGAAGCUCUCCGACCUGCUUUGACGAGAAUCUGUGAGAAUAUUAUGGGCUAUCUCAAUCAAAAAGGAUUCUAUUCAACACUCCAGAUUUUGCUGACCAACGGCUUGGCUCGUUCGAAACCAGCUCUCUCAAAAGGCACUUUAACAGCUAUCUUUACCCUGUCGCUAAGACCAGUCAUCGCUGCUCACUUCUCAGACAACCUGCUCAGAUCAUUCCUCAUUCACAUCAUGUCAGUUCCGGCUGUGACGUCGCACCUGUGUAUGCUCACUCCAGAGUGUGUUACUCUGAUCCAGACUCAUGGCCUUUUAAAGAAGUUUAUCCUGUUUCUCAGCCGUGAGGAGCAGUGUUCUGAUAUCUGCGUGUGUCUUGAGGGGAGUCACACACUCUGCCUACUUGGUAACCUGAUUCACUUGGGCUUCCUUAAUGAGCGAAUCAUAGAGGAGGAGACCAAUCGCUUUGUGAAGGACCUGACUGACAUGCUGUCCUACUGCCAGAGAUAUGUGUCCCAAAAGAAAUCGAACCUCACCCACUGGCACCCAGUCCUGGGCUGGUUCUCCCAAACAGUAGAUUAUGGUCUUAACGAAUCAAUGCCGCUGGUCACCAAGCAGCUGCAGUAUCUGUGGGGUGUGCCUGUCAUUCGGACCCUCUUCAGUGACGUCCUCUCGAAGAAGCUCGAAAGUCAGGAGCCCACUCCCUCACCUGCACAGCCAAGCACAUCACAAAACAACCUGCCCGUUAAAAGCCUUUUUAAGCGAGCUUUUCAGAAGUCCGCUUCUGUGCGAAACAUUUUGAAGCCGGUCGGCGGGAAGCGAGUGGACUCGGCUGAAGUUCAGAAGGUGUGCAGCAUUUGUGUGCUCUACCAAACUGCUCUCUCCACGCUGACGCAAAUAAGACUCCAAAUUCUCACCGGUCUGACACAUCUCGACGAUCUCCUGCCCAAGUUGUGGGCUUUCAUCUGUGAACUCGGCCCACAGGGAGGCCUCAAACUUUUCAUGGAGUGUCUCAGCAAUGACACCGAAGAGUCCAAGCAGCUCCUGUCUAUGCUCAUGCUCUUCUGUGAUUGUUCACGGCACCUCAUCACAAUCCUAGAUGACAUUGAAGUCUAUGAAGAACAGACCUCCUUCAAAAUAGAGGAGCUCAUCACUAUCUCCUCAUUUCUGAACACAUUUGUGUACAAAAUGAUAUGGGAUGGUACUCUUGAGAACGCAAAGGGUGAGAAACUGGAGUUAUUCCACAGCGUUCACGGAUGGUUGAUGGUGCUUUACGAACGCGACUGCAGGCGAAGAUUCACCCUGGAUGACCACUGGUUACGCAAGGACUUAAAACCCAGCUUGUUGUUCCAAGAGCUUGAGAAAGGCAAGAAAAGAGCUCAGCUGAUACUGCAAUAUAUUCCACAUGUUAUUCCUCAUAAAAAUAGGGUGCUGCUGUUUCGGAAUAUCGUCACGAAGGAAAAAGAGAAUCUUGGUUUAAUCGAAACCAGCUCCGCCUCGCCGCAUGUCACCCACAUUACCAUACGCCGUUCACGCAUGUUAGAGGAUGGCUACGAUCAGCUCCGCCGUUUACCGGUGAAUUCCAUAAAAGGCGUCAUUCGUGUGAAGUUUGUGAAUGACCUGGGAGUGGAUGAAGCAGGUAUCGAUCAAGAUGGUGUCUUUAAAGAAUUUCUAGAAGAGAUCAUUAAGAAAGUGUUCAACCCCGCUCUCAACUUAUUCAAGACUACGAGUGGAAAUGAGAGGCUGUAUCCUUCUCCUACUUCCUACAUCCAUGAGAACCAUCUGCAGCUCUUCGAGUUUGUGGGGAAGAUGUUAGGGAAAGCCGUGUAUGAGGGCAUUGUGGUGGAUGUUCCUUUUGCCUCUUUCUUCCUCAGUCAAGUGUUGGGUCAUCACCACAGCACUUUCUACAGCUCCAUUGAUGAGCUGCCUUCAUUAGACUCCGAGUUUUACAAGAACCUCACCUCCAUUAAGCGCUAUGAUGGAGAUGUGGGGGAUUUGGGACUCUCGUUAUCCUAUGAUGAAGAUGUUAUGGGACAGCUUGUUUGUCACGAGUUGAUACCCGGAGGGAAGACCAUGCCUGUCACCAAUGAAAAUAAGUUCAGCUACAUUCAUCUUAUGGCCCACUUCCGGAUGCACACUCAGAUCAAGGAGCAAACCGCCGCUUUCAUCCGAGGCUUUCGCAGCAUCAUCAACCCAGAAUGGUUGCACAUGUUUUCGACACCCGAGGUCCAGCGCCUGGUCUCAGGAGAUAACGCUGAAAUUGACUUGGAUGACCUCAAGAAGCACACGGUCUACUAUGGAGGUUUUCAUAGCAGCCAUCGUGUCAUCAUCUGGCUAUGGGACAUUUUGUCCAGUGAUUUCACAGCUGAGGAGAGGGCAAUGUUCCUCAAGGUUUUGCCUACCUCAAGCCACCUUUUUCAAUCCGUUGUGUGGAAGUGUCAGAUGAUCAGGUGAGCGUGUUGCUAAGUAUUAUUUAUAGAGAGGAAAAAAAAGUACCGGUACUCAAGCACCAACCACUAAAGCAGGUUUUGUAAAAAGAAAACUACAGUGGCUUUUCUUACUGUCUGAUGUGUUUUAUUUUUUGAAUGGUGCAGCAUACCAAAGCAGAUACCUGGGGGAUGCAUUGCGCUCAUUGUCAUAAGUGCGCUGAUGCAAAGAUUUGGGCACAAAAAAAAAGUUAACAUUCAAAUGUAUUUGUUUCUGUAAGAGAAGUGGAAAUCUUGACAGCAACCACAAAUAAGAUUACCCCCCCUCAUAGAUUGUCUUGUUUUAUGGUACACAGGCAUACAGUAGCAUAAACAAUAUGAUAUGGUGGCUCUGUGCUGACAUAUUGUGUUCAAAAU